AAAAAAAAAAAAAAACCACUAGGAAAGACUUUGGGAUUCACGAAAGAGACACUUAAGGGCGUUGUACACACUCCUAGUCAGAGCAAGGCAGUACUACAAAACUUCAGCUUACAGAAUCGACAAGAUGGAGUCUGCUAUCAAGACCGUGGUUGGGCAGUUCGUGAGUUCGGCCCGUGGGAAAGAGAGUCUCAACAAGGACAGUUUCCAAAAGCUGGUCCAGCGUCAACUGGGGAACAUCAUGGCUGACACAGAUAGCUCAUCGUCAGUAAAGGAUAUGAUGCAAGGCCUGGACGAGAACCACGACGGGAAGGUCGGCUUCCAGGAGUACUUGACCCUGAUCGGCUACUUGGCCAAUUCACUGAGCGAAAGUAAAACUAAAACUCAGACCGCCACCAACUAAGACGUCAACAUGCGACAGCUGACCGACUCCGCCUUUGUGUACUCCACUAUUACUAUCAACCUGGCAAAGCAAGCCCAUUGUGUGUGCCAUCAAUAUUUUUUAUGCUUUUUUUUUUUUUAUUCAACUGCCUAAAUCAGUACUGACACGUCUACAAUGAUUAUUAACACCUCGUCCUGUGGAGAUUAAAUGUUAUCCAGUGUUCAUUUACUACCCACUAUAUGCCAAAAUGAUGUACAGUGCUCUCAGCCAUCACUCACAGUCUUAUGAGAAAUGCAGCAUAGCUGGGCUGAGCAUUGAUGCUACAAUGACUUUAAAUAUUGUUUUGUACUUUUGGAAAUAAAAAGUUUGUUCACUCUGCUCAGUCAACUGUCUGAAAUAUGGGACCAAAAUUCCUUUUUUUAAAAUGAUCUUUUCAGUGUGAAUUAUUAAAAAAUUAACCCUGGCAAAAUAAUUUUUUUUUUUUUUUCAAAUGAUUGAUAUUAUGAUUCUUCAGGAGCAAAUUAUACUAGCAUAACUACAUUGAAUAUCCUUCAUACUCUACUGUUACUCAGCUUUAAAUGAAAAUCUGGGAUUCAUUUAUUGACUGAGAGUAUAUGAAUUAUACAAUGUACAUUGUAAAUUGUUGUUUAAAAGCUUUUUUUUUUUGCUGCAAUUUCAGCUAAAUCUUCAUUUUACACCCAACGUAUAUAGAAGAGAAAGCUGCUUUUAUGCUACAUCUAGACUAGUUCUUUGCAAAAUAAUAUUCACGUAACGUUUGACCUUACAGUAAACACGGACAUAAUGAUUAUCAAGUUAGCAUCAGCAAUAAACCAUUUAUACAGUGGUUGGUGAGAAUCCAGACAACUGUUGUAUUACAUAAAUGUAAUACCGGUCUUGCUAUACAUGAGUCAUUUGCUCAUUAGCAUAUGGAGACUUUACUUUGGCACAUGCCCACACACAUACACACACACACACACACAAAGACACGUAUUGUAUUUCAACAGGCUAUGAAUCCAUGUCUUUUCUUGCAACCUGAUACCUUCCGCCUUCACAAUAAACAACUCUUUAAUUAAACACCA